UCAAAUUUUCUAAAAAAAAUGAAAAUGUUUAUUUUUUAUUUUUUUUGCACUAAAAUUAAUGUUUUUUAAUGUUAAAACUAAUUUAAAUCGGGGUAUAACCGCACACAUACCAUGUCAGUCGUUACAUUUCCCCCAAUGUUUCGAAAACUUCAAAAUCUUAGAAUAAAGAACCGAGGUUGGUUUUACGUCGUUCAAGUUUUACUCGUCACCUCUGUUUUGCUGAUAAUUGCACAAAUUUUGGAGCGCUGGUUCUCUGUUUGUAUGCCAAUCUCUGACAGCAAAGAGUUCCAACUGGAAUUGGAUAAAAACAAACCUGAUGUUGCUUAUCAGUCUGGAUACCUUUGCCUUUAUAUUGGUUGGUAUUCACAAUGCAUGAGAAACACAGGUGAUCCGUUGCAAUGCACCAACAUAGACAUAGGUUUCCCCAGCAGAAUGGGUUUAUGCCCUGUUGUCAUUGGUGCGAUCAUUCUAACAUUGCUAUACACAUGUUGUGUGUUCACUUACCUAAGUAUAUUCGAUGUAUCAUACACAGUCUACACUUACAUUUUAGCAAGGACAGCCGUCAUUUCAUUGAUAUUAUGCAGUAUUUUCCAAUUUCUUCAACUUUACCUGUUCAAGUCAUUACAAAGCAUGAACACUGCCACACUUGAUGAGCAAAGGCAUUUUAUAUUUAAGAAGCUGUUUGCAGUUUACUCACCUGAACUAAACAUUUCAUUUUACCUGACAUUGAUAGCGCUUGUAUUUACCGUACAUGCAUUUGUAUGUGGGGCACGAGAGUUCCACACGUUAUAUUUGGCUGUGUUAAGUAAUUUAAAAGGCUCCAGUAGAAGCAAAACAACUGUAUAGAGCUUAGUAUUAUCCAAGUAUUAAAUAUACAUUGCCUGGCGAGUAUGUAGAUCCAUAUGAUGGUGAACAGAAUGUAGUUUUUAUAUCACAACACUGAAACACACGUAUAUUAACCACUGUUGCUACUAUUUCAAUAUCACUGCUAUUUUCAAGAUUCUUUCAAUUUUCUUCAAUUGCCUUUUCUGUAAUGCAAUGCAAGGUUAAUAGGAAAUUGUAAUACAAUC